CGUAGCUAGUGUGCGAUCCGACGAAGUGUAUCUAAUGUCUAGUGGGUGUAAGGUUAACGAGAGAACAUUCAAACUAACUUUCAAUCGGGUGCAGGAUAACGAAUUACCGGUAUCUGAACUGGCUCGUUUUGACAACAGGCCUCAUGUCAUUCUCACUGGUGCCCGUAAACACUCGAUCUGACUAUAAUAUAAUGUUGCAUGUUAAGUAGACAUUUUUUUUGCAUGAGUCUUAUGAAAAAUGUAUUCAGUCAGUGGAGUGUGGAAAUAGCUUUUAAUGGCCAUUAUAAGUCAUGCUUUAGAAAUUAUUUUGAUUGGAAACGUAUCAUAUAGUUUAGUAGAAACUUAGUUUCUACUCUAUUACUCUAUUCUCAGUGGACUAGGUAAAACAAAAAAAACUAUGGUUGAACCAGUAGGUUUUGUGGAGGCUUGGAAAGCCCAGUUCCCUGAGUCAGACGCCCCAAGCAUGGAGCUGAAAUCAUUGGGUGAUAUUGAGCAGGAGCUGGAGAAAUGCAAGUCAUCUAUCAGGCAGCUGGAGUUAGAGGAAAACAAAGAGCGCUUUCAGAUGAUCUACCUGCAGACCUUACUGGCCAAGGAGAGGAAGGCUUAUGAUGGGCAGAGAUGGGGCAUCAAGAGGAUGUCCCUAAUGAAUAUUGGAGACCAAUCCAGUGUUUCAGACUCCCAGACAUCCCACAUAGAUGAGGAGCCUACAGUGGAGGAGCAGCCAAGAGAGGCAGUAGACACAGGGAACUAUAAACAGUAUCCAGAGGGAGAGGUAGAUGGGGUGACUCCCUCCGAACAGAGGGGUGAGUUGUCCCCCCAUAUGCCUACUGUGGGUCCCCCAGACACCGAUCUGGACAGGGACAGGGUGGGCAUGAGCUCAGUAGCAGCACUGAGGUCCACCUUCGAGCGCAUCAAGAUAGCCAACUCUCACACAGCUGGAGAUGGGAAGGGGGUUGAAGGGACAGAGAGACCCUUCUACGUGAACAUGGAGUACCACCACGAGAGAGGCCUCGUGAAGGUCAAUGAUAGGGAGGUCUCAGAUACGAUCAGCAGCCUGGGCUGUCAGGCCAUGCAAAUGGAGCGCAACAGGUCCAUGCACUCCCUGCCCGGGAACCUGUCCAUUGCUAUGGGGGAGAUCCGCAAAUCUGUGCUCAGAUGCAGGUCCACAGAGGGCGGCUGUGGCUACAAUGGGCUGUAUGAUGAUACAGAGGUGAACCCACAUUUCCUCAAGGACAGUGUGAUCCGUUCCAAUGGGGGGAGACAGCCGGCAAACUGUCAACCCUACACCAGUGUGUAUGUCGGGGGGGUGAUGGCAGAGGGGGAGGGGAGGGUCAUUCACAUCAGGGACCACAGUGUGGAGGAGGACUCACACCAAAACUGGCCGAGGCGCUCCUACUCACCUGGCAGUUUUUACGAUGUUGGGGGUGGCUACACCCCAGACUGCAGCUCCAAUGAGAACCUAACGUCCAGCGAGGAAGACUUCUCCUCUGGCCAGUCAAGUCACGUGUCCCCAAGUCCUACCACCAAUCACAUGUACAGGCAGAAAAGUAAUUCGCCUUCCCAGAUUUCCCAUCAGUCCUUUGACAGCAGCAGCCUGCCCUCCCUACUGUCUCAGAAACAUCUGAAGCAGGAAGUGUUGGUGUCCGAGGCCUCCAUUGUGGGUGUCCGUAAAAUAGGCCAGAUCUGGCCCGGUGAUGGGGACUCCACUACGUCCAGUAGGACCUCGCAUGACAACAGUCUCCAUGGAGAUCUGGUCCCCUACAGUGUGACCCCUCCUUCCUAUGGCUAUGACCUGGAGCAGGCGGCGGAGCACCAGCAGCACCAUGACCUCCUGCCUUUCAGCACCUCGCUCUCCUCCUCACCUCGCCUCCGCUCCAAGAGCUGCAGCAGCCAGCACACACACUCCUCUGGCUCCCUGGAGUCCACCCUGUCGACAGAGCUGGAUCAGGAGAAAGAGUUGGAGAUGCGGAAGUGGGUUUUGUCAGGGAUCCUGGCCAGUGAGGAGACAUAUCUCAGCCACCUGGGGGCUAUCUUACUGCCCAUGAAGCCUCUGAGGGCAGCAGCUACUACCUCCCAGCCGAUGCUGACCAUCCAGCAGAUAGAGACCAUCUUCUUCAAGGUGACGGAGCUCCAUGAGAUCCACAAGGACUUCUACGAUGCCCUGCUACCCAGAGUUCAGGAGUGGUGCCACAACCAGUGUGUGGGCGAUCUCUUCCAGAAACUGGCCAGCCAGCUAGGAGUGUACAGGGCCUUUGUGGAUAACUAUACGGUUGCUGUGGAGACGGCAGACAAGUGCUGCCAGGCCAACAUACAGUUUGCUGAAAUAUGUCAGAAUCUUAAGGUCAUAAGCACCAAGGAAUGCAAAGACCAGGCAAAAAAUUCACUGGAAACUCUGCUCUAUAAACCCGUGGACAGAGUUACCCGCAGCACCCUGGUUCUGCAUGACCUGUUGAAACACACCCCCUCCAGCCACCCAGACUAUCCACUGCUGCAGGAUGCCCUGAGAAUCUCCCAGAACUUCCUGUCCAGCAUCAACGAGGAGAUCACCCCGCGCAGGCAGUCUAUGACAGUGAAGAAGGGAGAGAACCGUCAGCUGUUGAGGGACUGCUUCAUGGUGGAGCUGGUGGAGGGAUCCAGAAAGCUUCGCCAUGUCUUCCUCUUCACAGACUUACUUCUCUGUGCCAAGUUGAAGAAACAGACUGCAGGGAAAGGCCAGCAGUAUGACUGUAAGUGGUACAUCCCACUGUCAGACCUCACCUUCCAGACCAUUGAGGACUCGGAGGCCACACCCAUACCCCAGGUCCAGGACGAGGAGAUUGACACCAUGAAGAUCAGAAUCUCACAGAUCAAGAAUGAGCUCCAGAGAGAGAAGAGAACCACUAAAGGAGGGAAGACAAUAGAGCGUUUGAGGAAGAAGCUGUCGGAGCAGGAGUCUCUGCUGCUGCUCAUGUCCCCCAGCAUGGCCUUCAGAGUGGCCAACAGGAACGGCAAGGGCUUCACAUUCCUCAUCUCGUCAGAUUAUGAACGUGCAGAGUGGAAGGACAUCAUCCGCGAGCAACAGAAGAAGUGUUUCAAAAGCUUCUCUCUGACCUCUCUGGAGCUGCAGAUGCUCACCAACUCAUGUGUGAAGCUUCAGACGGUCCAUACUAUACCAAUGUCCAUGAAUAAAGAAGAAGAUGAAUCGUCUGGAUUCUACGGUUUUCUGAAUGUCAUUGUUCACUCUGCCACAGGCCUCCAACAGAGCUUGAAUCUCUACUGCACUCUGGAGGUGGACUCCUUUGGCUACUUUGUGAACAAAGCCAAGACACGAGUGUACAGAGACUCCACACAACCCAAGUGGAACGAGGAGUUUGAGAUUGAGCUGGAAGGCUCUCAGACUCUGAGGUUGCUGUGUUAUGAGAAGUGCUACAACAAAGCCAAGCAAAACAAGGAGGAUGGAGAGAACACAGACAGGAUCAUGGCCAAAGGACAGAUACAGCUGGAUCCCCAGACCCUACAAAGCAAAGACUGGCAAAGAACAGUCAUCACCAUGAACGGAAUUGAGGUGAAGCUGUCAAUGAAGUUCACCAGCAGAGAGUUCAGUCUAAAGAGAAUGCCCUCACGGAAACAGUCAGGCGUGUUUGGGGUGAAAAUAAGUGUUGUAACCAAACGGGAGCGGUCCAAGGUGCCCCUUAUCGUGAAGCAGUGUGUAGAGGAGAUAGAGCGCCGGGGCAUGGAGGAGGUGGGAAUCUACCGGGUCUCAGGGGUGGCUACAGACAUCCAGGCCCUGAAGGGUGCAUUUGAUGCCAACAAUAAGGAUGUGUCGGUGAUGAUGAGUGAGAUGGAUGUGAAUGCAAUUGCUGGUACGCUGAAGCUGUAUUUCCGUGAGCUGCCGGAACCUCUUUUCACAGAUGACCUGUACCCCAACUUCGCUGGAGGCAUCGCCCUGUCAGACAGUGUGGCUAAGGAGAGUUGUAUGCUGAACCUGCUGCUAUCACUCCCAGAACCCAACCUGAUCACCUUCCUCUUCCUGCUGGACCACCUGAAGAGGAUUACUGAUAAUGAGAGCGUUAACAAGAUGUCUUUCCACAACCUGGCCACGGUCUUUGGCCCCACCCUGCUCCGCCCCUCUGAGAAAGACAGCAAGAUCCCAAGCAAUGCCACACAGCCCAUCACUAUGAAUGACAGCUGGUCACUGGAGGUUAUGUCACAGGUACAGGUCCUACUGUAUUUCCUUCAGCUUGAGAGCAUCCCAACACCGGACAGCAAACGUCAAAGCAUCCUCUUCUCCACUGAAGUAUAGCGGGAGCAUGGACAUUUCCAUCUGAGGAAGAAUUUGACAAAAUGUAGCCUUCCAUGGUAAAUUGUUGGCUGUGACCAAGAAUGGCUGCGGCAGGAGCUAAUUAUCAACUUUGAUCAAAGUGUUACCUGAACGUAACAUUUUUAGUUGGUCCAAACUUAGCUCCAACUUGAGAAAGCUUAGGCAUAAAUUCAGUCAAUUUAAAAUUAUGUUUUUGCUUAACUUGUCUCAUGUUUAUUCAAGUAGAAGUAAUUAUUUUGGGCUAACUAAAUAAUUAUUUUGGGCCAACUAAAAAUGUUAAGUUCAGGUAACACUGAUUGAAAAGUUGAGUAAACUAAAAAAGGCUCUGGAACCAGUUACUUAGUAAUAAUUAGUUGAAUCCAAAAAAUUGUUUUUACGGUGUGCUGAGCAGCAAUGGCUGGAUUACAGCGCAGCUCCUCUAUAUGGCCACUAGAUGGAGUCAACAAUACAUUCCAAACUAGAACAAAUACUUCAUUACCGUGACCAAAGCCAUUCCAAUAUGAUCAAUGAUCCUAAUGUCAUCCUUAUCUUGUUGUUGACAUCAAAAUUGUCUUACAUCAAACACAAAGAAAUCCAUUGAAUGUGGUCAGAUCAAAGCACAGGCCAUUCCUUUAUUUGAUUUUAAAAGGUAAUACUAGUUUAACCAGAUGAUGGAAGUGAGGCAAAUUGUCAACUCCAUGAUGCAGCUGUUGCAAAAGAGAAAAACAUUCUCUACUACAGUAUAUUGCACACUGAUAUUCUGAUUAAUUUAGAUAUUUAUACUUUCAUUGUCAUUACCACAUAUUAGGUGUGCUGAGCACUUACAGAUAGUGUGUCAAAAUGUAUUUAUGUUACUUAUAUCUGACAAUCAAGUCAUUUUAGAGGUACUGGUUAUCCACUAAUGAGCACAAUUCUCAAAACCGAAAGAUACAGUAGUUAAAAUCCUUCGUUAAUUCGGUAGGCCUGUUUCAUUGUGGAAUCAUGUGCCAUUUCCCCCCCCCUGUUGAAUCACAUUGUAGGAAAAAUGUAUUCACCAGAUGUUUAUGCAAAUGCUGUCUUUAUUUUGUAAGGAAUGUGAGAUUGAUCACACUUUUAAGUAGGUAUAUUUAACAUGCAGGCAUGUUGACUUAAAUAUGUUUUAAAUAUUUUUCUCUUCAACUGCUGUCUAUGUGAUAGUUUUGGUUAAGAGAUUUCUGGCAGGUUAUAAAAGUGGACCACAACCGUUUAUCAGAGUUUUGUUAUCUUAUAAAGGUCCUACAUUGGCCUUAAGCAUUUCCUCUUUAGGAUAAUUUAUAUUUUGAUCUGAUUCAAUUAGAGAUCAUUAAUCUGAAAACGCCAUCCCUUCACAGGAGGAAUUUAGUUUUUAUUUCAGAAGGGUUAAAACCACAGACUGUUCAGUGUUGUCACUUGGAACUGAGACAGAAAUAGCACUGAGCUAAGCUUUGUCUCUCUUACAUUUUAGUGGUAGCCUACCCUGGUAUUGAUCCACUAAUAUCCAAAUCUCCUGGGUAUGAAAACAAAUAUGGGCAUUGUGAAGGGCACCAUUGUCUUCUGUUGUGUUAUUUUGUUUCUAGUAAAAUGUAUAAAGGGGUUUACUGUUCUCUGCCUGGUGAGCUGUAACUUCGAAAGAUCUUGGAAAAUGUAUCUGUGCUGGCAAAGUGAAAAUCAUUCCAAAUGUUUACAGAUAUCUGAAUUGAGAUGUUACGCAAGUUAAGAUGACAUUAUAGCACAUAUGAAACUGUUAGGCUAACUGACUGUUUGUAUGUAGCCUAUCAGCAAUCACUUAAUUGACAUCUUUUUCCUUCCAGACACUGUUGUAGUCAUUAUCCCAAUAACUUAUGUACAUGUACAAUAAAGAGUUGAUUUCCAUGUG